ACUAGUGGAUGUAGCUAGGGACGAUAACGUUACGCAGUCCAUUGUACAAAUUUGUCAGUUAUAUGUAGCGUUUGUUUAGUAGAGCGUAACAGUACACAUCUCGACAACUUUGAUCUUCCGGGUUUAAAUAUACGUUAUAACCUAUUCAGUGUGUGGUCAUCUGAAAAGCCCCGAUUUCAAUACAUGUCGAAUGUUUAGGAAGCGGUUAGUGUGUGUUGUUUUGUCACGCAUACGUACUGAAAGUUUGCCUACCCUAUGCAACUUUAGCUAACAUUAGCAAAACACACCCACACAGGAAGUAGCGGUAACGAUAAGACAGAGUGACGCAAAGAGAAUAUAGUUUUACAAUAUUGUUUUGAUACAAUAAAGCGUUAAAUGGUACAGUAUCGAACAAGACGAACUGACCAGAAGACCAUAGCUGAUUUCACGUAUCAAAGCUGUGUUAUGCAGUCCUGGGGCCUUUGCUCACGAACAAGAACAUAUUAAAACGGGCAAUAUUUUAGAUGGAGUUCAGUUUAUAUGUGUAACGUUACCACCAAACAGGACAUCCAAGCUAAACCACCGCCUGUUGUUUGCUUACUUUGAGUUGAUUAACUAAGACAGCCGUCUGUUAACUGUUAACCAUGUAGGAGCGAACACACUUGCCGUUGGUAAUUUGUUGAGUUGGGUAAGCUAUAUUUCACGAGUUCUAUCUCUUUGUUUGGAUAACUUCGUCGAGUCUCUGGGUGUAUUUUCGAGUCUAAAACAAGUUUCCUGCCUAGCCACAUUCCAUUUGGUGGGAAGGGGAGCUGAGGAAAAGAUAACAGUGGGGAAUGAUCUGGAGCAGUGAAAGGUUGCGUUGGCCUCAUCAGUAGCUGUCACCACGGCGGGGUACCUUCGGACCUCCGUCUGCAGGGUGGUCAUCUACCUCCAGAGGGACAUGUCCGGAGACAGCUGCCUGCCCCAGCAUCACACUCAGUCCGACUGCACCUCCCCGCCUCCUCCUCUGGCCUGUCCCAAGACCGAGACCUGCAGUUAUCGAGGAGCGCUGGGCCUUGGCAACAAGUAUGUCCGACUCAACGUUGGCGGGAACUUAUUUUACACCACGCUGCACGUGCUGACCAGGCAGAACUCCAUGCUGAAAGCCAUGUUUAGUGGACAGAAGGAAGUGUUCACAGAUAAAGAAGGUUGGAUCCUGAUCGACCGUAGUGGGAAACACUUCGGCAGCAUCCUGUGCUACCUGCGUGACAGCACAGUCGUCUUACCUAAAGGUCGACAGGCUGUCCAGGAGCUGCUGGCUGAGGCAAAGUAUUACCUCAUCCAGGGCCUAGUGGAACUCUGUCAGAACACUCUGCAGGGCAAUAAAGAGCAACCCCUGUGUGUUAUACCUGUGGUCACCUCCAGUAAGGAAGAGGAGAGGCUCAUCCAGUCUUCUGCCAAGCCCGUGGUCAAGCUGGUAUAUAACAGAAGCAAUAACAAGUACUCCUACACCAGUAACUCAGACGACAACCUGUUGAAGAACAUAGAGCUGUUUGACAGGCUGUCUCUCAGCUUCAAUGGCCGUGUCCUCUUCAUCAAAGACGUGAUCGGAGACGAGAUUUGCUGCUGGUCCUUCUAUGGUCAGGGUCGCAAGCUGGCUGAGGUCUGCUGCACCUCCAUUGUCUACGCAACAGAGAAGAAGCAGACCAAGGUGGAGUUUCCUGAAGCUCGAAUCUAUGAGGAGACUCUGAACGCCUUGCUUUAUGAGACAAUGCCGCUGCCUGACAACUCCCUGCUGGAGGCCACACGCCGGAGCUACACUAACUGUGGCUCUCACAGUGAAGAGGAGGAGGGACCCGGAGGAGCUGAGCUCCGUGAGCGUGUUCGGCGAAUCCAUGUCAAGAGGUACAGCACGUACGACGACCGGCAACUGGGACACUGAGACUGAAACCACAAACAGCUGGACAGAAUUCAGCUUUUCACAUUGAUGACGAACAUUCAGACAUGAAAUGUGUUGAUGAUAACACAUUUCUCUUUUGAAGUGUUUUACUAUCUUACUCAUUACCACUAUCUAAGAAGCCCAAAAUGUGGCCUUGGUGUAAUUGCAUCUGUGUAUUUACUGCAGAUAGUUGUGAUGUUGUCUGCUCUGUACAUCAUAAUUUAUUAAUAUAUCAAAGGAUUCAGAGCAACUACUUCAAAUAUCCAGAAAAUUUAGGUUUUUAUAUGAAAUGAGUAGAUUAGGAUUGGAGGAAAAAAUCACUAAUAUGCACUAUUUCUAGAAGAAAUAUUGUUACAAUCAUAGCACUUACACUCCCAAUCAUCAGAGAGCAAGUUUCAUAUUUAUAGACCGUAUUUCUCAUAUCUACAUUUACAACAGCCUGUUGAUUACCAAAGAUGAACCAGAAGUAGUGUGCUUCUGAAAUGUUUUAAUGCAGUUUACCAUAAUGCCUUUUCCAGUUGUGAAGAUAAAAUUUCUUGAUAUUCAACUAUUUUUGUCUUUGUUUAUUUUCUAAUUGGAUGGAACACUUAACUGGUAAUGAAACAGUCUCAGUUUAAUGCUGAUGACUCUUUAUGGCCUGCACAAGCAAACAAGACCAUUUGUAAGAAGAUGGUUGUUUCUGUACAGUUAUUAUUAUAGUUCGUCUUAAAGCCUGUCACAGGUUUUGAUCAUAAAAAUGAUGUGGAGUGCUGAUGGUGAAUAGAGGCUAGUCAGGCCAAAUCCCUGUGUCCACGCUCAGACUCACAGAGGUCGUGGUAAGUCUGAGGGUUUAGGGCUCUCUGCUGUCAAAUUGUCAAAUUGUCAAGGGCACAAGGGCUUGUUUUGAUCGCUCUCUGGCCACUUUCCACAAGUCUGCAUUUCUGCAGACUUCGUCUGGGGGAAUUAACCACACUUCGAGCAUUGUAACAUUAAAUACAGGGUUACCAUGGGUUACCGGGGGGACCCCUGGACACAUUAUUAAAGAAAACUGACGAUC